CAGCAUAAAGCGUGAACAACAUCCAGAUUUUAAACACUAAUGUCAGUUGAGUCAGUGCUUCUGUGUGAUGGUUGAGAGACCUGGUGCAUUACGAAAGGGAUUUUCAACAAACUAGAGAUAUUCAGUGACAACUGCCUACACUGGCUCGUUACUGAAGCUCACAUGGCCAGAAUGAUGGGGAUAAGCAGCAAGGAACUGACUCUGGUUGUUGACGAACCAACGAAGCGAGAAGCUAUCUCUGAACAAGUAUGUACUGGAAGGAAGUGGAUAUGUGUUGUGCAUGGACAGAGAAGAUCGCCAGGGGAUAUCAGGUGUCAGGCCAUGCGAGGCUGUGGAGUGGAACCCAGAUGGGGAGCGGCGAUCUGGGCAUCCGAGUCGUUGGUGACAUGUAUUAGAUGGUGUGAGGAAGAAAUGAGAGAUUCUGAGGUGUUGUGGAGUCAUGUUUUAAAGAGUGUGGAGAAGAGAGUGGAAUGGAGACGUGUUGUUGAAUCCCUGUGUUCCACUAGGAACCCAAUGAACAAAUAAUAUAAUAAUCCUAAUAUCAUCUCCGAAUUUCGAAAACCAUUCAACCUACCAAAUCUGUGUUCAUGCCUUACUGUAUAUAACAAAAGGUUUAUGUAGUAGGCAAUCAUUUGUAAUUUUUGUAUUUUUACGUAUCUUAAACUGAAGUGGAA